AUGAAGUUCACCUUGGGCCUGGGGUCGCGGGCCUGGAGAGUGUCCUGGGAGCGGGCGGCGGCGGCGGCGGCGGCGGCGGUGGGCCCUGGGGCUGGUGGCGCGCUGGGCAGCAGCUCACUGCGCGUCUCCAGCCGCCGCGGCCCUCGGCUCGCUCGCGCCCUCCCUCUAUGCCUCUCCGGCGGUGGCGGCGCCCGAGCUCUCCCGGACUGCGCCGGGCCCAGCUCCCGCCGCUCCGGCGCCAGGCAGCUGGCUGGCCCGCGCACGAUGGAGCAGACGUAUGGCGAAGUGAACCAGCUCGGUGGAGUGUUCGUCAAUGGCCGUCCCCUACCCAAUGCCAUCCGCCUGCGCAUCGUGGAGCUAGCACAGCUGGGUAUCCGACCCUGUGACAUCAGUAGGCAACUGCGGGUCUCACAUGGCUGCGUGAGCAAGAUCCUGGCGCGCUAUAACGAGACCGGCUCCAUCCUGCCCGGGGCCAUUGGGGGCAGCAAACCCCGAGUCACCACUCCCAACGUAGUGAAGCACAUUCGGGACUACAAGCAGGGAGACCCUGGCAUCUUUGCCUGGGAGAUUCGCGACCGACUCCUGGCUGAUGGCGUCUGUGACAAGUACAACGUGCCCUCUGUGAGCUCCAUUAGUCGCAUCCUGCGAAACAAGAUUGGCAGUCUGGCGCAGCCAGGGCCUUACGAAGCAAGUAAGCAGCCGCCACCACAGCCUGCGUUGCCCUACAAUCAUAUCUAUCAGUACCCCUACCCCAGCCCAGUGUCGCCCACGGGCACCAAGAUGGGCAGCCAUCCUGGGGUCCCAGGCCCCGCGGGCCACGUCAGCAUCCCGCGUUCAUGGCCCUCUGCACAUUCAGUCAGCAACAUCCUGGGCAUCCGGACGUUUAUGGAGCAAACAGGGGCCCUGUCUGGGGGCGAAGGCACAGCCUACUCCCCCAAGAUGGAAGACUGGGCGGGUGUGAACCGAGCCACCUUCCCCGCCGCACCAGCAGUGAAUGGGCUCGAAAAACCUGCCUUGGAGGCAGACAUUAAAUAUACUCAGUCCGCGUCCAGCCUUUCCGCAGUGGGUGGCUUUCUUCCCGCCUGCGCAUACCCGGCUUCCAACCAGCACGGCGUGUACAGCGCUCCAGCAGCUGGCUACCUUUCCCCGGGACCUCCCUGGCCACCCGCCCAGGGACCCCCGCUGGCGCCCCACGGAGCUGGUGUGGCGGUUCACGGCGGGGAGCUUGCAGCAGCCAUGACCUUCAAACACCCCAGCCGAGAAGGGGCCGACAGGAAGCCCCCCAGCCCGGGCAGCAAGGCCACGGACACGCUUGGUAGCUUACACGGACUGCCCAUCCCGGCCUCGACUUCAUAG